CAUGUAAUUUGACUUUUGUGAAUUGUUUUCCCGUCACAGUGGAAUGUGACCACCCAAUCAUUCACACGAUGGGUCUCCCUUGCGUCAGGACUUUCGACUUGUGUUACCUUGAUUCCAGAAGGGGCCCAUGACAUGCUAUGACAUUGCAAAGUAAAGGUAAUUUCACUGUUUUGAAACAUUUUUCAUGUGGGAAAAGUCAAAGCUGCUACAGGUGUGCUGGCAACAAUACGUCAAAGAAAUCGAAGACUUACUGAUAACAGCUUAAUUUUCUUUGCUGAACAUUCUCAUUUUCUGCGCCAAGAUAUGGUUUGUUCAUGCGAUUUUGACGAAGGUGGGCACGGUGCCACGUCGGCUGAAAAGUGAUAGCGGAUUACAGAAAAGAACACAAAUAAAGGGAUUGUUGCAUAAAUAGUCGCUGUUACCAUAUCUUAUUGUGUACAACAAAGAUCACCGUUGUUUACACAAGUAUGAGUGGGUGCGAGGACCGGUCCUCAUGGUCCGGAGGCCCUCACAGUGCGGCCUGCGCCGUCACACCAACUGGCAGUAUGAUCCCAUCGAGGCGGUACAGUGACAGUAACAAGGUUGUCAUAAACGUCGGCGGUGUACGCUACGAGACGUACAAAUCAACUUUAAAAAACGUCCCCGACACGCGUUUGGCGUGGCUCACGGAGACGAAAAGUCAGAAUACGGAUUACGAUGCAGUGACCGGAGAGUACUUUUUCGAUCGCCACCCAGGUAUUUUUGUUAUGAUCUUGAAUUACUACCGAACAGGGAAACUUCACGCUCCAUCCGAUCUUUGUGGACCUAUUUUCGAGGCUGAACUUGAAUACUGGGGAAUAGACGAAAAACAAAUUGAACCAUGUUGUUGGAUGAAUUAUAUCUCACACAAAGAGGCACAGAAAACCCUCGAUGAAAUGGACGGUGCUGACACGGAGAGUGAAGAAGAAAACGACGAAGUUUCUCGAAUUGCUACAAUAUUUGGAAUUGAAGAAGCACCACCGGAUCAAAAUUGUUGGCAAAGAUGGCGUCCUAAAAUUUGGGCUAUCCUUGAAGAUCCUUAUUCCUCUAGACUAGCUAAAGUCAUCACGUCUGUAUCGCUGCUUUUUAUCGUUAUAUCGAUCACUGCGUUCUGUUUGGAGACCGUGUGUUAUGUGAGAGAACCGAUCAGCGAACACGGGAAUACAGGGGCCGUUCCCAUUACCCAUAUCAGAAACCAGUCUCAACCUGUUGCAGCUUUCGCCUACUUAGAGUAUGUUUACAUGGCUUUCUUCACGCUAGAGUUUGUGCUCAGAGUCCUGUUUUGUCCAGAUAAAAAGAAAUUCUGCAAAGAAAUUCUAAACUGGGUGGACUUAUUUUCAAUACUGCCAUUCUAUAUGGAAUACAUCGUUAUUAUCAUAGACCCAAGUAUACAAAGCUACCAGAUACAAUUCCUCAAACUAUUUCGGCUGAUACGAAUAUUUCGUAUUUUCAAACUGACGAGACACUUCAGUGGAAUCAAAAUUCUCUCUCACACGCUCAAAGCAAGCGCAAGGGAACUGGUUCUUUUAAUUCUUAUUCUGUUUCUAGGUAUAUUAAUUUUCGCAACUUUGAUAUAUUACGCAGAACUUCUGGAUGAAAAUCCAAACGAUCCUAGCUCAUUUUGGAAUAUCCCACGUGGCUUCUGGUGGGCUGUGGUUACCAUGACAACGCUUGGCUACGGCGACAUCGUUCCUAAGACACCAUAUGGAUACAUAGUUGGGGCCCUGUGUGCCAUGUGUGGUGUACUAAUGAUAGCCCUUCCCGUGCCUGUCAUAGUGAACAAUUUUGCUAUGUAUUACACCCAUGCUCAAGCAAAACUUAAACUUCCCAAGAAAAAGAAAAAUCCGUUUAUUGGAUUUGCUGACCCAUUGCGGUGCCAAGGCGGAUUCGGGGUGCCCAGUGAGUGCCCAGGGAGCGAGUUUUCUUCUCGAGUGCCUACCCCGGACACCAGCUGCCAGUAUUCUGCUGAAUGCAACAAUAACCCGGACAAAGAGGGUAACGAAGACAGCCUGGAAGACAGCGGAGACAGCGAGAUGGCGAAAGUCAACGGUAGCACUAACGCAUCAGCAGCUUCAGCUACCGGAGAACACACGGCCAUCACGGUCACAUUCACCGACGAAGUGGUCGCUCCUUCCACACCACCACAACUCCAAGUGCCUCAGAGUUUUCCACGUAUGAGAGUGGACUCCAUGUCCCGUCGUAAUCCUCUGGGACGACGCCUUAGCCUCUUGCCUAAUGGGGGACACAUGCCCCCACCCAACCUAGGGGAUGAGCAUAUCAAAGAAAAUGGACAUUCCGGACGUCGAAGAACAAACAUAUUACAGCUACCCGAGGUGGGGGUAUAGCGAUAGGACGUGCUUCACUUCACGUGCUCAGGUUGCCAUUACCCCCCCCCCCU